UUCGCAACUAACCGACAGCAUCAACCCAUCGCCUUCGUCAAGCCCCUUCAUCAGGAUCGCCGACGACAACCAGCCAAAAUGUCUGAGAAGGCCCAGAACCCCAUGCGGGAGCUCCGCAUCCAGAAGCUCGUCCUCAACAUCUCCGUCGGCGAGUCUGGUGACAGACUGACCCGUGCCGCCAAGGUGCUUGAGCAGCUGUCUGGUCAGACACCUGUCUACAGCAAGGCCCGUUACACCGUCCGUACCUUCGGUAUCCGUCGUAACGAAAAGAUCUCCGUCCACGUCACCGUCCGUGGCCCCAAGGCCGAGGAGAUUCUCGAGCGUGGCCUGAAGGUCAAGGAGUACGAGCUGCGCAAGCGUAACUUCUCUGAGACCGGUAACUUCGGCUUCGGUAUCAACGAGCACAUCGACCUCGGAAUCAAGUACGACCCCGGUAUCGGUAUCUACGGUAUGGACUUCUACUGCUGCAUGACCCGCCCCGGUGAGCGUGUCGUCCGCCGUCGCCGCGCCAAGGGCAGAAUCGGUGCCUCCCACCGCAUCACCCGGGACGACACCGUCAAGUGGUUCAAGCAGCGCUUCGACGCCAUUGUCCGAUAAAUGGGCAGGCCUCGUGGGGGAAAUCAAAACAAUUCACUAAAAAGGCGUUUCUGAGGGCUUUCAUAUGGGUUGCGGCAAGGGACGGUUCGCAAAGGUUCUGAUCAAAGGGUUUUCAUGGACAUUUAGCUCCAUCUGACGACCAUCAAUCGUCACUCUAGCUCGCUCUGAAAUCUAUCAGUCGAGCUGCGGCCUCAGAGUCCGAACGGCUACCAUACCGUCUUGUACACCUCUUGCUGUGAUUGCUCCUGCUACGUUCUUGUCUCGGCACUGCCUCUCCAUCUGACCAGUCCAGUCCAGUCCUCAGCUGGGGUCUUCUGAACCUAGCGUCGCUUAGGUCAGGACAUUGGCCUCUCUUCUGACCCUGAAGCAUCAACUCAAAUGUAGACUGAUAAGGCCUGCACUCUGGGAAACAACUCGCCGUGUGCCCUGUGGUCAACCGCCUGGCCGUGGCUUUGUCUGCGGUUUUACCUUCUUCUGGAACUGCUCCAUGUCUACGGGGCGGCCCAUGAACGAGAAGUGUCAGCCAUGAGGAACGCUACAGACAGGGUCGUGAUUGGAACCCAUGCAAUAGUUCCAAUAGUCUGCAUCCUCGCAUACGAACUUCGUCUUUGUCAGACUGUCCAGAUAGACCAGCGAAGGGUUCAUUCACCUCUACCCUUGAGGGCUGUCCGAUCUGCUCGACAGUGACACGAGUUUCCUCGUUCAGGAGAGUAUGACCAGACUGUUGAUCUUGCUGUCGAAUGCGGCUUUGACGGCAGCGUAGACACAGACGGUGCAGCGCGUCUUGGUUGCGGCGCCUUGCGCACUUGGGCACGGGCAAGGGCGUGGUCGGGCAUACCCUUCAGGUUGUCUGUCAUAGUUCAGGUACUCGAACCGGUUAGCAAGUGCGGUAAGGAUGUUGUGUGUGGACCAGGUCUUCAUUACUCCCCGAGGGUCCUCCCACGGGCCAGCAGCCGUGGCAGCUAAAGCCUCUAAAUGCGCGGUCGACUUGAGCGCUGAACACCAGAUAGGAUCUCGAUACUCAGUUGACUUAGUAGCACGACUGCAGAAAAAAAAUAGCCAUCUCUCUCCACGUUGUAGAACAGUACGUGCUCGAUCUUGCUGAUCAUUUUGGAACGGGCUGCUUCAAGCUUGUCUGGAGCGUUUGGGUUGGCCACCAC